AUGGCGACAUCUCAUUACAUAUUAAUGUGGAUUUUGGCCGUUCUUGUGUCCACCACCCUAGGAAAUCAUCACCAUCACCACGGAUCUAAGCACAAGGCAUCAUCACAAAGCCAUCAAGGAGCUGACGUUCACGCCCUAACUAGUGUUUCUGAAGAAAUUGAUGGGAUAUCGCAUCGAGAAAAAUCCACCUCAAAGAAGGGAUCAGACACCAAAGAAGACUCUUCAAAAUCUCACGAAGAAAAAGGUGGGAAAACUAAAAAGGACUUUGAGGAAGACUAUGAGUCCGGAGACCAUGAUGACGCCCACGAGGGUCACCUAAAAGCCCACUACAAUAACAAAAAAGCCCAGAAAAAUGGGAAGAAAGAAAAGGGAUUUAGGCAGAGCUUCCGAAAGCGUGAAUACCACAAAGUGAAUAAAUUCUUCGGGGAUGAACACAAAGGUGGUGCUUAUAACAAGUUCGAUGCUGCAAAAUCAAAGAAAAACAGCCAAACUUUUGCCCAGGAAGCGGGAAAACACCAUCAACAGGUGGCCGUGGAGGGAAAAAGCAAGAAACCUUAA